AGAAACCCUAAUUCGGAGAGAAACAAAGGAUCAAACUUGCUGAGAAUUCGCAAGUAAAGGAGUGAAGCAACGGCCAUGAAUCACAUCAGAUCAUUGACAAGUGUUAAGGUUGCCAAGGAGGCAGUUCAGUACGUGGGACAACGAACAUUUUCUGCUGGAGCUGGCAAGGCUAAAAAGGGUUCCAAAGGGACUGCAAGCGAUGCCCCAAAGGCAUCAACAUUGAGCGAGGAAGUCAAGUCCACAACAGUGGUAGGUGCCAACAUACUUAAAGAUGGAGCAGAUCCAAAACUCUUGCCAGAUUCUGAAUACCCUGAUUGGUUGUGGCAUCUGCUUGAUAAGCGCCCUGCAUUGAGUGAACUACGGAGGAAGAAUGUUGAAACCCUCCCGUAUGAAGAUCUAAAACGUUUUGUCAAGCUAGACAACCGAGCUAGGAUUAAGGAAAACAAUUCUGUCAAGGCCAAAAACUGAUUUAGAAUCCCUAAGGGGCAUUAUUUCUUUGCCUGGCCAAUGCAUUUUUGUCAUGGGAUACCUUGAAAAGGGAUUGACUUGCUUUUGGGAAAUGCUCAAAUUGAAAUGCAGAGAACUAAUACAGCUUCAUGCAUAACUCUGUAGGUCCAAACUCUUUUUUCUUUUUGGUUAAAUACCCUUUUUGGUCCCUCUACUAUAGGAAAAAGCCCCUUUUUAGUCCCUGUACCGAAAAAAUCCCCUUUUUGGUCCUUACUGUUCACAAAUCCGGCCCCUUUUUAGUCCCUCCGUUAAAUUUUUGCUGAUGUGGCAGGUUAAUUAACAGAAUCAUUUGAA